AUGCGGGGGGUCGGCGGCGGCGGCGGCGGCGUGGGGGCCCCGGGCCGGCCGCGGUGGGGCGGCUCGGGCGCCACCACGCCGCGCUCGCUCAGCACCGGCUCCUCGCCGCGCGGCUCCGACCGCAGCUCCGACGACGGCGAGGAGCUGGUCGAGGUCACGCUCGACCUGCAGGAGGACGACACCAUUGUGCUGCGCAGCGUCGAGCCGGCCGCCGCCGCAAACGCCAGCGCCGCCAACGCCUCGGUCCCCGGCUCGUCGGGGGCGUCGCCGUCGGUGAUGGGGUGGGGCGCGGAGCCGACGCCGCCGCCGGGGGCCGGGGCGGGGCCGUCGCGGUCGCGGUCGCCGGCGAUCCGGCGGACCUCGUCGCACCGGCUGCUGCAGUUCUCGCAGGAGCUCAAGGCCGGGGUGUCCCGCGCCAAGCAAAUCUCGCAGGACCUCACCAAGCGCUUCACGCGCACCCAGAGCCGCGCCGCCCUCGCCGAGCCCCCUGCUCAGCCCCUCGCGCACCCGCCGUCGGGCAUCGAGUCCGCCCUCGCCGCCCGCGCCGAGCGCCGCCAGCGCGCGCAGCUCGACCGCACCAAGUCCACCGCGCAGCGCGCCAUCAAGGGCCUCCGCUUCAUCAGCGGCAACGCCAAGGCCAGCAACAACGCCUGGAUCGAGGUCCAGCGCAACUUCGACCGCCUCGCCCUCGACGGCCGCCUCUCCCGCGCCGACUUCCCGCAAUGCAUAGGGAUGAUGGAGUCCAAGGAGUUCGCCAUGGAGCUCUUCGACACGCUGUGCCGGCGGCGGCAGAUGCAGUCGGACCACAUCAACAGGGAGGAGCUGCGCGAGAUCUGGUCGCAGAUCACCGACAACAGCUUUGACUCGCGCCUCCAGAUCUUCUUCGACAUGGUGGACAAGGACGCCGACGGCCACAUCACGGAGGCGGAGGUGAAAGAGAUCAUCAUGCUAAGCGCGUCCGCCAAUAAGCUGGCGAGGCUUAAAGAGCAAGCAGAGGAGUACGCCGCGUUGAUCAUGGAGGAGCUAGACCCCGAAGGCCUCGGCUACAUUGAGCUUUGGCAGUUGGAGACGUUACUAUUGCAGAAGGAUACAUACGUGAACUAUAGCCAGGCCUUGAGCUACACAAGCCAGGCACUGAGCCAGAACCUUGCUGGCCUGAGGCAUAAGAGCCCGAUCCGAAAAAUGAGCAGCAAAUUAAGCUAUUAUCUGGAGGACAAUUGGAAACGCCUCUGGGUACUUGCACUAUGGAUUGGGAUAAUGGCUGGAUUGUUCAUUUGGAAAUUUAUCCAGUACCGCAACCGGUACGUCUUUAGUGUGAUGGGCUAUUGUGUAACAAUUGCGAAGGGGGCUGCUGAGACCCUUAAGCUGAACAUGGCACUCAUCCUCCUACCUGUAUGCCGCAACACCAUUACUUGGCUGCGUAAUACAAGAGCUGCACGGGCAUUACCUUUCGAUGACAACAUCAACUUCCCAUGGCAGACAAUUGCGGCGGCAAUUGUGGUUGGUGUUAUACUUCAUGCAGGAAACCAUCUUGCAUGUGAUUUUCCACGGCUUAUAGAUUCCUCAGAUCAGACGUAUGCUCCACUGCGCAAGUACUUCGGGGAGACCAAGCCAACAUAUUUGGCGUUAGUCAGAGGAGUGGAGGGUGUAACCGGAGUUAUUAUGGUUGUCUGCAUGCUCAUUGCUUUUACUCUAGCAACCAGGUGGUUCCGUCGUAGCCUGGUGAAGCUUCCCAAGCCAUUUGACAAGCUAACUGGCUUCAAUGCCUUCUGGUACUCUCAUCAUCUGUUCAUCAUUGUAUACAUAUCACUUGUUAUUCAUGGAGAGCGUCUAUACCUUAUCCUGGAUUGGUACAAAAGAACGACAUGGAUGUAUCUUGCAGUCCCUGUUGGGUUAUAUGUAGGGGAGAGGACUCUGAGGUUCUUCAGGUCUGGCAGUUACUCUGUCCGGAUAUUGAAGGUGGCCAUAUAUCCUGGAAAUGUUUUGACAUUGCAAAUGUCUAAGCCACCGACAUUCCGUUACAAGAGUGGGCAGUAUAUGUUUGUUCAAUGUCCAGAUGUUUCACCAUUUGAAUGGCAUCCCUUCUCGAUAACUUCAGCACCCGGGGAUGAGUUUCUCAGUAUCCAUGUCCGACAACUUGGUGACUGGACACGAGAGCUCAAGCGUGUAUUCUCCGCAGCCUGUGAGCCACCUAUGAAUGGGAAAAGUGGCCUCCUUAGAGCAGACGAGAACACCAAAAAAACUUUCCCAAAACUUUUGAUUGAUGGACCGUAUGGUUCUCCUGCGCAAGACUAUAGCAAGUAUGAUGUUUUACUACUUGUUGGGUUAGGAAUUGGUGCAACUCCUUUCAUCAGCAUAUUGAAAGAUCUGAUUAACAACAUCAUCAAAAUGGAGGAAGAGGAUGAAGCCUCAACUGAUCUUUACCCACCAAUCGGACCCAGUAAGGCAUCUGUUGACCUUGACACCCUUAUGAGGAUUACGUCAAAACCAAAGAGGGUUUUUAAGACAACGAAUGCUUACUUUUAUUGGGUUACACGCGAACAAGGCUCUUUUGAUUGGUUUAAAGGAAUCAUGAAUGAGAUUGCUGAACUAGAUCAAAGGAAUAUCAUUGAGAUGCACAACUAUCUCACAAGUGUUUAUGAGGAAGGGGAUGCCCGGUCAGCACUCAUCACAAUGCUGCAAGCUCUCAACCAUGCCAAAAACGGCGUCGAUGUAGUGUCUGGAACUCGAGUGCGGACACAUUUUGCAAGACCAAAUUUUAAGAGGGUGCUGUCUAAGGUAGCCUCCAAACAUCCUUAUGCCAAGAUAGGAGUGUUCUAUUGCGGAGCUCCAGUUCUGGCGCAGGAACUAAGCAACCUUUGCCAUGAGUUCAAUGGCAAAUGCACGACAAAAUUCGAAUUCCACAAGGAACAUUUCUGA